GCAUGUUCAUAUUUGCCAUCAUUCACAAACAUACUGACAACAAACAAAAUCACAGUGAUCUCCAAUCAGAAAUUUCGUUGUUACGAGCAUGUUAAUAUAAGAGUGUGUACAUUUAGACAGAAAGACAUCGUCAACGUUUUCGCGUCUGCUUCUUGUAUUCACUGCAAUGAAACUGAUCAUAUUUCUCAUCUGUCUGUAUCAUGUGAAUUCUGAGAUUAUCAAGAUUCCAUUGCAUCCAGUGACUGGAAUCAGUUCAAUGAUGAAUUCAUAUCGGAGACUGUUCAGGGUAUUCCAACGAAGUUGGAUGAAUUUAUUUAGUGAUGGAGAUACACCAACAUCAGAACCGCUGUAUAAUUAUGACAAUGUUCAGUACUAUGGAGAAUUACUAGUGGGAACGCCACCACAAAAGUUUCGUGUACUCUUCGAUACAGGAUCAAUCGAAACUUGGCUUCCCUCAAGAAAAUGUUGGUUUCUUGACAUUCCGUGUUGGUUCAUUCGAUUCUACGACAGUUCGAAAUCAUCCACCUUCCAGCCGAAUGGUACCAAAUUUAAUAUAAGUUACCUGAUUGGCAGUUACUCUGGAUUUUGGAGUAUGGAUACAAUGCAGAUAAACUCCUUAGUUAUUCGCAAUCAGCCGUUUGCUGAAGUGACAAAUGUGUUUUCGGACGAUUUCUUUGGUAGUAAGUAUGAUGGAAUCGUUGGUAUGUCAAGGAGGAUUGUAUCAAGAUAUGGGAACCUUCCAUUCUUCCCGAAUAUACUCUCUCAAUCAAAGGAUAUGGAUCCAGUAUUUUCGUUUUAUUUGAAUCGGUAGGUUCUGAAUUACAUCGUGGUAGUAUUACACUUGCAAUCAACGGCUCAUAAUAACUAGAUAUGUGAGUAGUGUACUGCUAUUCAUAUCUAUCUGGUGUGACUAAUGUGACUCGAUAUUUAGUUAUUCGGAAUUUAGAUCCACUUAUAAGCAAAUAGAUAAGAUUAUCUUUAUAUAAAUAUAUGAGAUGAAUCUCCGCUGUGAAAUAAAUUCGGAAUCCAAGGAACAAGUAUUAGUUUAAGACCAUAUUCGAAUAAGCGUGUGGAGAAAUACUUGACAAAGUUCAUUUUUCAGGGUGUAUAUGACUCGCUCCAUUUGAGCAAGUUAAUUACGGACACUCAUUGAAUUGCCUCAAUACAGUAAUAUAUCUCCACACAUCCUCCAAUCGAUUCAUAGCUCCAAAGUUGAUUCAUAACUGAGCGAAAAUUAUCCCUGUGUGAAACCAGAAGUAUUGACACCCUCUCUAGAUGUGUUCUCAAGAAACAAUUCACACAGCGAUUAACAGAAUCCGAGAACUUUCAGUGCUCAAAUAUCUUAGGGCUAAAAAUUAAAUCGAAUUCGUUCUUCAGUUUCACCGCAACUGAUGAUAGUGUUUCCUCCAUUUGUCCAGUACGAUCAUUCUCAAUGAAAUGUUCGAAACUGUCCCCGCAUCUGGUGUUACAGACAGCGUAUUCGGGAGGAUUAUUUGUCACGAGUAGUGUCUUCUAGUGCACACUGCACUAGACAUUAUAUAUGAAAAGUAGUACUGCCUGAGAUUAGAAGUCUUACCUUACAUGGUCUUCAUUUGCAACUUAAAUGCCAUUGAAAUGUGGAGUGUUAGAAACAACUAUUGAAUUUUGUGAUUUCAUGCAAAUAUGUGCGUCAUGUCUAUCAUGAUUACUAUUCACAUUAAUUUGGAGAGACAAGAAGUUGAACUCACUUCUAGCCAAGUAAACCAAGCACAGUUUUCGUAUUUUGUAUUUUGUAGGAAGAGUGGUCAUGUUGGCGGAGAGAUGGUGAUUGGUGGUGUCAAUCCUGAAUAUUUUAUUGGAGAUUUCGAAAACUUGCCUGUCGUUUCUGAACACAAUUGGUCUGUUAUAAUCAAAAGGUAGUCGUUUGAUGCUUGAAUGAUUUCAUGGGCAGACAUAUCAUUUUUAUUUCACGUGGAUAUUGAAACCAUAGAAUAUAUGGACUAGUUAUCACAGUUAUGUCUUCUAAGCAAACAUGAAGAUAGCUGGAGCAGACUUUUGCCUUGGAACAUGUAUUGGUAUUAUAGAUACUGGAACGUCUUUGAUACUGGGACAUAGUAGAGCGGUGGAUGUGAUGAAUGAUCAUCUUGGUGCCAGAUGGAGUGGUGAAGGGGAGUAUUCACUCGACUGUAAUUACAUUCACACGCUUCCUACAAUCACGUUUGUCUUCAGGGAGAGGACCUAUGUACUUGACCCGAAGGACUAUGUGCUUAAGGAGGAAAACUGGCUGUAUACAGACUGCACAUCACCUUUUGCCAGCAAUGAUAAAUUACCCUCUGGAUAUUGGGUUCUCGGCGAUGUAUUCAUGAGCAAGUUUUACACUGUAUUCGAUUUGGGUGAGUCACAGAUAAGAUUGGC